AUGCACUCCAGAGUCCAGACUUUCCCAUCAAUAAAUUGACCAUCUCCGACUCUAUACAGAAGAACAGCUCGAGGCAGUGAAAACGGACGAGAGCCGAAGCAAUUGUCGCAUUCCUCCUCUUGUUCCGUCCCCAGCAAAAACUCCUCCGAUAUGCCGCCGGCGACGGCGCUGAUGGACGAUGUGGUCGUGGAGAUCCUGCUCCGCCUCCCGCCCGACGAGCCCGGGUGCCUCGUCCGUGCCUGCCUCGUCUCCAAGCCCUGGCGCCGCCUCCUCACGGGUAACGCCUUCCUCCGCAGCUACCGCAAGUUCCACGCGGCACCGCCCAUGCUGGGAUUCCUCCACCGCCUCUACGACGAGGAUCCCUGCGUCGCCCGAUUCGUCCCCACCGCGAAGUCCUUCCGCCCGCCACGCAACCGCCGCUGCUGGUACGCACUCGAUGCCCGCCACGGCCGAGCCCUCUUCUACGAUUCAGAAUCAGAACAGAAGCCCGCUGAGUUCGUCGUCUGGGACCCCGUCACGGACGGGCACCGGAGGAUUCCCCUUCCCGAGACCCCCAAAUCCUGGAACGCGGCGGUGCUCUGCGCCGUGGAUGGCUGCGACCACCUCGACUGCCAUGGCGACGACCCCUUCCUCGUGGCAUUCGUGGGCACCUGUUAGACUAAGUAUAUAUUAGAGAUACGUGUUGUAAUAUAACUGGUAUUUGUACGGU